AUGGAUGACUUAACCCAAACAGGCGACCAGCCUGUAGAUGCUAUCUUUGGUGACAGAGUCAGACGAUUCCAAGAAUUCUUGGAUAGAAUCGACAGCACCCACGGUAUUGACUACCGCGCCCUCAUUAGAGACAUGUUGGCCAAAAGCAAAUACAGAUUAAACGUGUCAAUUGACGAAAUCCGUGAUUUUGAUAGAGAAUUCUGGAACGGUCUUUUAAACACCCCUGCUGAUUUCUUACCUGCCUGCGAACGUGCUUUGCGCGAUACCGUAUUGACCAUUUAUGAUCCUAACGAUCCCGCUUUUCCUGACGAUUUCGAUUUCCAGAACCAGCAAUACUACUUGUCUUUCAAGGGGGCUUUUGGAGCCCAUCUGGUCAACCCCAGAUCCAUCGACUCGUCGUACCUUUCCAAAAUGGUGUCCAUCGAAGGUAUCGUUACUCGUGCCUCGUUGGUGCGUCCCAAGAUUAUUAGAUCGGUCCAUUUUGCUGACAAAACCGGAAGAUUCUACGCCAGAGAAUACCGAGACCAAACCACAUCGUUCGAUCCGAUUUCCACCCCCGCGAUUUACCCUACUGAAGACAUGGACGGAAAUAAAUUAUCUACCGAAUACGGGUACUCUACAUAUAGAGACCAUCAAAAGAUCUCCGUGCAAGAAAUGCCCGAGAGCGCACCAGCUGGUCAGUUACCUCGUUCCGUUGAUGUCAUUUUAGAUGACGAUUUGGUUGAUUUGGCCAAACCGGGUGACCGUGUUCAAAUUGUCGGUGUUUACCGUGCCCUUGGUGGUGCAUCCAAUAACAGUUCUUCGUUCAGGACCGUCAUCUUGUGUAACUCCAUCUACCCCUUGCAUGCCAGAUCCACUGGUGUUGCCCAGCAAGAAAAGUUAACCGAUCAGGAUAUCAGAAACAUCAACAAGCUUUCCAAGGAUAAGAAGAUAUUCGAUAUUCUUUCCUCGUCAUUGGCUCCUUCAAUUUAUGGAUUUGAAUAUAUUAAAAAAGCGGUGUUGUUGAUGUUGAUGGGUGGGGUCGAAAAGAACUUGGACAAUGGCACCCAUUUAAGAGGUGAUAUUAAUAUCUUGAUGGUUGGUGAUCCAUCUACUGCCAAAUCCCAAAUUUUAAGAUUUGUCCUUAAUACCGCAUCCUUGGCUAUUGCCACUACCGGUAGAGGGUCCUCGGGGGUUGGUUUAACAGCCGCCGUCACUACUGAUAAGGAAACUGGUGAACGUAGGUUGGAAGCCGGUGCCAUGGUGUUGGCUGAUCGUGGGAUUGUGUGUAUUGAUGAAUUCGACAAGAUGUCAGAUAUCGACAGAGUGGCCAUUCACGAAGUCAUGGAACAACAGACUGUUACCAUUGCCAAGGCCGGUAUUCACACAUCGUUGAAUGCUCGUUGUUCCGUGAUUGCUGCUGCUAACCCUGUAUUUGGACAAUAUGACGUUCACAAAGACCCCCAUAAGAAUAUUGCUUUGCCUGAUUCGUUAUUAUCCCGUUUCGAUUUAUUGUUUGUUGUUACUGAUGACGUCCAACCUACCAAAGAUAGAAUCAUCUCCGAACACGUUUUGAGAAUGCACAGAUUUAUCCCACCGGGAUUAAUGGAAGGUGAACCAAUCAGAGAAAAGUCCAGUGUGACAUUGGCCGUGGGUGAUGAUGAAACUAAUGAGCAAGAAUUACUUGAACAACCAAUCUUUGAAAAGUUCAAUGCGUUAUUGCACACUGGUGCCCAAUACUCCGGCGACAGAAAGUCGAAGAAGACACCUACGAUUCUUUCCAUCCCAUUCUUGAAGAAGUACGUACAAUAUGCUAAACAAAGAAUAAAGCCUGUGUUGACUAAAGGUGCAUCUGACCAUAUCGUAAGUACCUAUUCUUCAUUGAGAAAUGACUUGAUUGGGAAUAAUCAAAGAAACACAGCUCCUAUUACCGCCAGAACUUUGGAAACUCUUAUCCGUUUAGCCACUGCCCAUGCCAAGGUUAGAUUGUCCAAGACUGUCGACGUUAAGGAUGCUAAAGUUGCUGAGGAAUUAUUGAGAUUUGCUUUAUUCAAGGAAGUUUCCAAGAAGUCGUCCAAGAAGAGAAAGACCAACACUACUACAGCUACUGAAGAACAAGAAGAAGAGUCUGAAUCCGAAUCUGACGAAACCGAUUCAGAACCUGAAAUUAUUCCAACUCCUACCAGAAGAAGCUUGAGAACACAAAUAAGACAACAAAGAGAUUCUAACACUAUUGAAGAAGAGAGUGAUGAUGGCGGUGUCGGUGACGAGCUCGACCAUUUCCACAUAUCGAGAAACCAACCAUUGCAAGACAAACAUGUGCCUGCCAACACCGGCGCUGGUACCAUUAGCAGCGAGCGAUUCCACACUUUCCAAAGAAUCAUGGCGAGAAUCUCUCGUUCUGGAUUAUUUGAGAAUGAAGGUGGUGCCGCUGCGUACGACAGUGUCGUGAGUGCAGUCAAUGAAGGUUUGGCGCAGGAGGAAGUGUUUGAUGAGUUGGAAAUCCAGGCUGCGUUCAAGAAGAUGGAGGAUGACAAUAAGUUCUAUAUUUCUGAAGGAAAGAUCUGGAAGAUCUAG